ACGACAUUGUCGCGGAUCUUGAGUGGGGUUGUAGUGGCAGCUCUCGACCUGUGAUGAUCGCAUCCUCGCCAUGCAACUGCGCGAGCACGUGGCAAGCACAGUGGGAAGAAGCAGUGCGCGCAUGUGAAGCUGCGUCGAUGGAAGCGUCUGAGUGGAAGCGAAAGUUCUUGGCCGAGCGCGACCGUCGACGAGAGCUCUCCAGAGCGCUCAUCUACUUUCUCGAGCAAGACCACACAAGCGCUUGCAGUCCCAUGAUACACAAGGUGUCGACGAUGCUCAGCGACUCCCCCGACACCGCAGCAUUGCUCACCCCCACCCUUCCUUCCUUCGACAUCGACUACGAUGACGACGAUGAAUCCACCGACGAGGACGUCGCGGCAGCGUCAAAAUCAUUGCCAUCAACGUCGAUCUCGACCAGUCGGCAGCUGUACCAUCCCGUGAUGUUGAGCAUGGGCGGCGCCGCCCCGCAGGAAGGUCGUCCGACGCGUUCCAGCACCAUUGAUUCUGCAAGCCGACCAAACAUGUUUUCCCCUCGCCAUCGUUUUCCCGGUGGCGACAAGGACCACAACCAAAUGAUUCGCAUGUUGUACUCGCGGUCGUUCGUUGGUGGCAUCGACGGCAGUCCGCGCCACAUAGACGCGCACUCGCGGCGCCUCCACGACUUGGUGCGCAGUAUGACUUGCUUCCAGACAAAGAAAGACCGCGUCUUCGAACACUUUCUCGUGUCGGGCCUCUUGGCGGCGCCUGGCAUCGCGCCGCCUGGGGACGGCCAAAGCGACAAGUUGUGCGGGUGGAAACCCAGGGUGCUAUUCCAGUACCCUCCUUCGUCGAUCCAUCCGAUCAACGAUCAAGCUGUGAGCAGCUUCUGCUUUCCAGUUGGCGUGCCGGCGUUUUCGUGCACCGCAACCGACGCCGUGCACCUUCAAGAUCACCUCGUAUCGCAGUGGACUGUGGAUGUCCCCAGCACUCUUCGCCAGCUUCUUGAUCCACACAAUGCUCAGUGCUAUACGUUCCGCCUGACAGGGUGCAAAGGCGAAGCACUGUAUGGCUUUUGCGCAGCGAUCCUCAUGGACGCGUCCGAACCACCCAUUUUGCUUGACAACACAGCUCGUGACAAUGUGGAUGUUGACGCGCAUCAGCCAGCGACGCCACCCGGGUCGCCAACCGUCGCCACAACACCCAUGCCCGCAACGUCGAGAGCGGCUGGCGCCACAGAUCGUGCCAUCAAGUUCCACUCACAAGCAGGAAUUCUGGCGUCGCCAUUGACGGGCGGGAAGAACGAGGACGUGUUUCAGGCACGUGGGGCGGCUGCAGAAGUGCUGAUCAGUCCGCGAUGUUAUUGCAUCACGAGCAAGUACCCGCUGUACAAGCUCCACUUUCAGGUGCUUCGCCUUGUCAUCGAAGCCGACAUGGAGACCCGACGCGAGGCGCGCGCAGCUCUGGCCGAUCAACACACCCACGACAUCGACGUUGUUUUGACUGGCAAGGACCUCGGGAUAACGCUUUGCGAGCGCAACGGCUCGGUGCAUUGCACUCGCGACCCCCACGCUCGAGCCGCCCACGUUCUGAACUCGAUUGCGACAAAGCAAGGUGGAAACGAUGCCGAGAAAAACACGAUUGCCAUCACGGAGAUGACGGACGACAGACCGAUGGGAUCGCUACCAAAUCCCAAACCACCCCGCACACGCCACUUUGUACGAAGUCAUAGCUGGACAGAGAUGUGUGCCGGGUCAAAGCAGACGCGUCCGCUUGGCACGCCAUGCGGUCGCACGACGUCUAUCGUCGUGCACGCGUGCACUGCCGCCGCGUCAGCAGCAGGGGUGACCCCAGGCGAUGCACUCCACGCUGUGAAUGGGUUUCCGCUGAAUCACAUGGCGUUCGGGGAUGUCUUGCAAUUGCUCGAAUCGUCCAAGCGGCCGCUCAAACUUGGACUGCGACGAAAACUUCCAUCGGCCCACCGACACAACCCCAACGAUCGUGCUCCGUCCGAAGGCAAGAAAUCGCCGACGCGACAAGCCACGUCGUCAUCUGCGGUGUUGGAAUUGCUGCGGAGGUUUCGCGGCAUGCCAGUGGUGGCCCCUGGAGCAUGGUCAUCCGCUCGACUGCCGCACUCCGAGCUCAAAUACCAGUUUCCAGUCGAUCCAGCUGCGACGGACAAUUGGGCGGUCGUGGUGCUGCUUCGAUUGCUCAGCGCCCCCACUGUAGUCAAGGUCGUGAGCUGUCUGCUCUUGGAGAAGCAGGUCGCAGUCGUCAGCGACAGCACCGCUAAACUGUCGGUGGUCAACACAGCACUUGUUGUCCUCCUCCGACCGUUCCAGUGGCAGUCGACGUUCAUCCCGAUCCUGCCGUCGAACCUACUCGACUUUUUGCACUCGCCAGUGCCGUAUUUGGUCGGUGUCCACAGCGCCGUGGUGUCGAUGGAAGAAUGGCCCGAUGUGUGCUUUGUCCAUGUCGAGUCGGACUCGAUGCAGUGCCCAUACUCGUCGCUCCUGCUCUCGUUUCCCCGUGCGAACGACCUCACCAAGCUUCUCCACGACGCCAGUGCCAACCUGCGGUCGUUGCCGCCGCGGCCUGGGCAGCCGUGGCACGAAGUGUCCGACGCCGAGCAUGGCGUGCUUGCACCGCUGCUGCCCAAGGCCAGCGCCGUCCUCGCCAACAUUUGCGGCAACAUUGCCUCCAUACAGUUGCCGCCACCCACAGGCGACCAAUCGACCUACGACGUCCUGCAAGACCAGUUCCAUGCCACAGUCGUCCGCGGGAGUUUGCAUCCCCAGUUCCUCGCCGAGUUUGCGCAGACGCAGCUCUUCUGCCAGUAUUGCGAGGUCACCAUGAACUUGGCCAUGUAAUUUCAUCGACAUGCAGUCGUCGUCCAUGGAAACUUCCCUCGGACAAACGAUUGUAGUUUGAUCUGAAAAACGGUUUAAUAAUUCACGAUCUUCUUGAUCGC